CUUCAGUACAUCCGCCUGACCUGCUAGUGUUUACAAAUCAGCAGACUACUCGACACAACAGAAUGAGGAUCCCUGCAUGAUCUGGACAGAAGCAACCUUUUCUUCUGAGUCUUGACUGAGGAGAAUCACAAGGCUGUGAGCGUCUAGCUGGGUCGCGGUCAUGCAGCACCCCAAUUUUGAGACCCGUCACCCACUCCAGACUGAUGAGCAGCAGGAGACUGGCUUCGAUCCUCUCCACAGUUUUAACAAGAAUCGCAGCAGAGGAUCUCUUGACAGCCACACUUACUCACAAUCUCAGUCAACCUUCCUCUCAUACAGGAAAGAAUGGGACGACUUGUUCCUCAACAGUAAUUACCUGGCCAGGAUCCGGCAGGCAGGCAUCAGUGGUCGACUGAGGAGCAGCCGCUUUCGUAGCGUAUGUUGGAAGCUGUACCUGGAGGUUCUUCCAGAAGAUAAGGGACAGUGGAUAAACAAGACCAAGGAGCUCCGGGGCCAGUAUGAGAAAAUCAAAGAGAUGCACAUCACAAACCCCCGCAAAGCUGCAGGCCAGCAGGACCUGGUGGUCAACAACCCACUGUCCCAGGAUGAGGGGAGCCUGUGGAACAAGUUUUUCCAGGAUAAAGAGCUGAAGGGGAUGAUCAAGCAGGAUGUGUUUCGAACAUUCCCUGAGAUCUAUUACUUCCAGAAAGAGGACGUGAGGACCAAGCUGACGGACAUUCUCUUCUGCUAUGCCAGAGAAAACGAACAGUUACUGUAUAAACAGGGGAUGCAUGAGUUGCUGGCUCCCAUAGUAUUUGUGCUGCACUGUGACCAUCAAGCCUUCCAGCAUGCCAGUGAGACGGCCAGCCCCAGUGAGGAGAUGAAAUGUCUGUUGGACCCAGAAUACCUUGAGCAUGAUGCCUAUGCCAUGUUCUCACAGCUGAUGGAGACAGCAGAGCCGUGGUUCUCCAGCUUUGAGAGGGAAGUAAGGAAGGGUAAGGAAGAGAUGCUGACCAGCAUCCCAUUUGCUCGGCCCCAGGACUCUGGGCCAUCUGUUGCCAUAGUUACCAAAGUCAACCGUAUCCAGGACCAGCUGGUAAAGAAGCACGACAUCGAGCUGCACAUGCAUCUCAACCGGCUGGAGAUUGCCCCUCAAAUAUACGGCAUCCGGUGGGUUCGUCUGCUGUUUGGUCGUGAGUUUCCUCUACAGGACCUUCUGGUGGUGUGGGAUGCCCUGUUUGCUGACAGCAUCACUCUGGACCUAGUGGACUAUGUCUUUGUGGCCAUGCUGCUCUACAUCAGAGAUGCUUUAAUCGCUAGUAACUUCCAGACCUGCCUGGGCCUACUGAUGCAUUACCCUCCAAUCGGAGACAUCAAUGCUUUGCUGCAAAAGGCCCUGUUUCUCCGAGACCCCAAAAACAAUCCACGCCCUGUGAACUACCAGUUCCAGCAAAACCUGGAUUACUACAAAACGAGGGGAGCUGACCUGAUGAACAAGACCCAAGCCAUUUCCAGUACUAAAGCUGCUCCCCUUAACAUCAACAAGGUCUCAAGCAGCCUACUGAACUUUGGCAGGAAGCUCAUUGCACCGGCCAUGUCGGGUGCCUCCACCGGCAUUUCCCCUAUCAACAGUGAGGUGCACUCCUCCCCAUCUGUGUCCCCCACAUCGGCAUCUGUACCCAUCCUGCCGCACCCGCUGGCUGAGCCUCCCGCCCCAGCUCAGACACCGAGCCAGGCCCAGACUCAACACUACCGCCUCCUUAAGUCUGAAAGCAUGCCGGUCCACCUCAGUAAAGACGGAAUUGCAGGUGAAGUGUCUCAGGACUCUCUCCCAACACAGAUUCACGCUCACACACAAGGGCAAAGCUCGAGGACAGUCAGCUCCUCCCCCAGCAUAGAGAGCCUAUCUGGUGGGCGGGGUCAGUCCACCUCCUCCCCACCUCUGCCCCUUUCCAGAGGGAGUGAUGUCAGCACCUCGUCUCCUCCCCUCUCCGCCACCAAGAAAGAGUCUUUCUUCACCAUCACUCGCUCUCGUUCCCACAGCAAAACCAUGGGCAAGAAAGAGACGGAGGAAGACCUGGAAGCCCAGGUAUCUUUCCUUCAGGGGCAGAUUAAUGACCUGGAGGCCAUGAGCAAGUACUGUGCCAAGAUGAUGAAUACACACAUCUGUAAAAUCCAGGAAGUGAUUCUCCAGGAAAACCUGGAAAAAGAGGAUGAAGUCCUGGUGUCGUUAGCUGGACUCAAACAGAUCAAAGACAUCCUAAAGGGAGCACUGAGAUUCAACCAGAGCCAGCUGGAGGCUGAGGAGAAUGAAGAGAUCACCAUCGCCGAUGAUCACUACACCUCCACAGCUGCAGCAGCUGAAACUGCUCUGAGCUCCAUCAAUCAUCACAGCAAGCAACAGCAAGGAGGGGACAGUAGGCGGAGCCGGGACUCUGAUCUGGACGGGAGCGUGAGCAUGGACGAGAAAGAAGAGGAGGAGUCAGCGAUGACCCCACCUGAGCAACAGGUGGCGUCGUCUCUCGGCUCAGAAGGGAAGAACUGGGACGACUACAUCCUCGUGUCUCAAGAUGGAGACCUGCAGGCGGAGGGAGGAGGAAGGGCUGCGUCCGAACACAUCCCUCCAGUUAGGCGAGAGCGAGGCACAGUGCGAAUGGAGCCCGAGGGUGCAUCUGCGACUUUCCAUGACCCCCUGAUGGCCGGCACCACCUCCGGCUCCUCCAGCCCAGAUGAGGGCUCCACCCACAGCAAGGACUCUGACUUUACCAUCGUUAACCCGAAUGACCUGUGAAUUAGUAACGCGUCCCUGUUCUCUGUCUCUUACGCCUCCUCUGUCUCGUAUCCCAUUCAGGGGUGCUAAUAACAGAAAACUGACUUAGGAUCAGAGAGGGGAACCGGCAGCUUUUGGUGGAGUGCCACCAGACCUGCUGCCAGCCUAAAAAUUGCACAUGUGGACUGUGACACUUGAAGUCACAAAAACCUUAUACUCUGUCUCUUUAACUGUCAUCUGUGCUACUUCAGUCCUGUCUGAGCUAAUGCUGUAUGCUGUCUCAACUAUGUAAUACCUGUCUCCUCAUUAUGCUGGGCCCUUUAUGGGUAGCAUCUAACCUCACCCGUUACUCAUACCGUUUACUGUAGUUCCCUGCUCUACAGAGAGAGGGUGCCAUUGAACUGCUUACCUUGUCACUACAUGGUUAUUCCGAAGACUUGGAGCUCUAACUGCAGUUUUCCUCCAAGAAAAGACUCUUCUUUUACUGUACUGGGAGUGUGAUAGUCUAUUUUCUCUGAAUCUGGAGAUCUGGCCAUACCCCUGCCCGUGUCUGUGUGUUCAUCUUCUUGCUAAGGAAACUGACUUCUCUGAUGCUGAAAGGAAAGGAGGAUAAUGUCUCAAGCUCUCUCCCCCUUCAAAACCAGUGCCUCUGACCGUUGUUCUUCUCUCAGCCAAACAAAUCCUAAUUCUGUGAUCUUGCUCUAAUUUUCUUUUGGUUAGCCUUUUUUUUAUGUCAUGGAAAUAUUUUUAACCCUUUAGAUCCUUAAUUUACCAGAUAAAAUUUUUUCAAUUAAGGAACAAGUCUGUUUUUUUUUCUCCUUUGUUUUUAGAUUUUAUUCCAUUGUGGACAUUUUAAUGUGAUCAUUCAUUUCUCACAUUAGAGGUGAGUUGUUCUCAUGUUCUGUGGAAAUGAUGAGACAGCACGCAAAGAAUGUCUCUCCAGCUGCUCUAUUCAGCAUUAUGAAACCUAGAUCAAUAAAACUACAUUGCUAUUGCUAUUCA